GGUUAUUGAAACCAUGUCCACCUCAAGUUUCAUUAAUGCCUUGAGGCGCUUCCUGUCGAUUCGUGGACCUGUCAAACACCUCAGGUCAGACAGAGGCACAAACUUUAUUGGAGCAUGCAGAGAGCUUCAGAUAAACACGGACGAUCCUGAGAUCAAGGACUAUCUGCAAGACCAUGGUUGUACAUGGAUAUUUAACGCACCUCAUUCCUCACAUAUGGGUGGAGCUUGGGAGAGGAUGAUUGGUGUGGCUCGACGGGUCCUUGAUGCACUGCUGUUGAAGAAUAAGGAUAAACUGACCCAUGAAGUCCUGGCCACUUUAAUGGCUGAAGUUAUGGCCAUCAUGAACGCCAGGCCUCUGGUUCCCAUCUCUUAUGAUACAGACCUUCCUGAGAUACUCUCACCUGCUACUCUUCUAACCCAGAAGGCGAGUGUGACACCCACACCCCCGGGGGACUUUGAACUGGAUCACCUAUGUAAGGUACAGUGGCGCCAGGUCCAGAGCUUGGCGAACUCCUUCUGGAAACGGUGGAAGCAGGAGUAUCUGGCAACUCUUCAGCCUCGGAGGAAGUGGACUGAGGAGCAGCCUAAUCUCCAGGACGGUGACGUUGUUUUGUUAAAGGACGUUCAAGCACAACGUAAUGACUGGCCUCUUGGUCUGAUAGUAAAGGCCAUUCCAAGUUCGGACUGCAAGGUGCGAAAGGUCAUGGUGAAGACCUUAGGUCAAGGGACAGCUAAAGAGUAUCUUAGGCCCAUCAGCGAUGUGGUGUUACUGAUACCAAGGGUAAAGAGAUGUAAAUAGUGGUAAAAAGA